GCUUUCACUUCGAGAAGGAGGAAGUGAUCCUCCCACCUGAUGUUCCUGCUGCAGACACACAAGUGUUUCCACUGUCGAUCGUAAAGAAAACGACUCUUCAUGUCUCCACAGAUCUGGACUUCACUCUGAGGUGGUGCAGGGAGACUUUAUACUUCAACAUCAUGGACUCACCAGGACUCAGUGGCCUGAUGACUCCGGGCCCGGAGCUGACCAACGAGAUGGAGAAGACCAGAACCCUGAAGCAGUUUCCUCCGUACGGAUCCAUCACUGAAAGCCCGACAGGAGAAACCUGCCCCACGUGUCGAGGAACCGGACGAAUUCCCAGAGGUCACAAAGAUCAGCUCGUGGCUGUGAUAGCGUGUAACGACGUCCGGCUGAAACCCAGACGCACGAAGCAGUAUGUGUGCGUGUCCAUGAUGGUGUGCCUCCUGGUCUGCUGCCUCGUCCUCUUCUUCCUCUUCCCUCGGAGCGUCAGCCUGACUCCGGUGUCCGUGCUGUCGGUCAUGGUCUACUUCUCCCCCGGCAUGGUCGCCAUGGAGGUCACAAACGUCAUCAACAUCACCAACGAGAACUUCGUCCCGGUGCAGAUCGUCGGGUUCACCAUCCAGGGUCUGGUCACCGACAUCGUGGUGGCGAAGACCAAGAUCUCCAACAUCACCGCCAUCACGUCCCGGUCGCAGAAAUCUUACACCAUUCAAAUAAACCUUCCCAUCGAGGACGCAGGCUUAAACACGUACUGCAAGUCGAGCUCCUUCAAGAUCCACACGCUGUUCCUGGAGCUGCAGAUGACGCUGAACAUUUCCUACCUGUCCCACACGGAGCAGCUGUCCGUCAACUCGUUCGAGUUCAUCGACUGUGGCGUCAACUCAACGACCCCACAUCCUGUGAUGAGAUCCACGUGAGAAGUCGCCGUGUGAAGUCAUGAAUAUUCUGGCAGCGUCACCUUUAUCUCUUUCGUAUGAAAUGUGGACGUGUGAACGAUGACAGCGGAGGAAAGGCCUUUUAUCUCAUUGUGUACGUUGUCGUAGCAUAACAACACAACAGCUGUUUGUGAUCGCUACAGAGUUAUAAUCUUAAAAUGUGAAUUCGUUAAAAUCCCUUUUGUUUUAGCGUCAAUGUUAUUGUUUCUCUUAUUUGUUGGAGACCUGCUUGUAAAUGUGUAUUUCAGCCAAAGUAAACUCAUAUAAUUGAGCCCAAUUUCUUUCCAAAUGGGAAAUUUGUCUAUUCACAUUUUAAAUUCAGUUAUGUAUAGUUUGACGAAUUGAACUGAUUUCACCACGUAUUAAUAGCAGUAUUACACACAUUGUGUAAAUAUGAUUGUUGAUCAUCUUUUGUACUUUAUUAAA